AUGUCGGGCACGAAGCGAGGUGAGCUCGUGCCGAACGUCGGAGACCUCGGCGCCGCCCUCCUCCCGCACGCGAAGCGGUCAAAGACCGACGGCGACGCGUCCGCCGCCGUCGCCGUCGACCCCCAUGCCGCCGCGGCGGGCGCCGCUUUCUUCGACGAGGAGGUGGACAAGGUCGAGGCGCUGCUCAAGUCUGGGACGAAGAUCGAGCUGGAGGAGGCGAAGAACGACAUCGAGGCCGUGCUCGCCGCGGGGGGGACGCGCAUACCCCCCGCGCACGCCGCGGCGCACGGAUGUCUCCACGACGUCGUCCGCCCGCCGGGUUGGGCGCCCGAUCCCAACGCGCGCGUCUACGACGAGAAGAAUCCCGCCAAGGUGUACCCCUUCCGACUGGACACGUUCCAGCAGAAAUCGGUCGAGGUGAUGGAGCAGGGCGAGAGCGUGAUGGUCGCCGCGCACACUUCCGCGGGGAAGACCGUCGUGGCCGAGUACGCCAUCGCGAUGGCGCUUCGAGACGGCCAGCGCGUCGUCUACACGUCCCCGCUCAAGGCGCUCUCCAACCAGAAGUUCAGGGAGCUCAAGGACGAGUUCGGCGACGUGGGCCUGAUGACCGGCGACACCGUCAUCAACGAGACCGCGUCGUGUCUCGUCAUGACCACGGAGGUGCUUCGCUCGAUGCUGUACCGCGGCGGCGAGGUCAUGCGCGAGGUUGGUUGGGUCAUCUUCGACGAGAUUCAUUACAUGCGAGAUUUCGAGCGCGGCGUCGUCUGGGAAGAGACGGUUCACUUCCUUCCGGACGCCGUGCGAUACGUGUUCCUCUCGGCGACGAUCCCCAACGCCAAGGAGUUCGCCGAGUGGAUCGUCAAGACGCACAGCCACCCGUGCCAUCUCGUGUACACGGACUAUCGCCCGACGCCCCUCGAGCAUUACAUCUUCCCCAAGGGCGGCGACGGCAUCUACCUGUCGUUCGACCGUGACAACAAGUUCAGGCAGGAUAACUUCCUCAAGGCGAUCAACGCCAUCGCCCCCGCGUCGGACGGCGGCGACGGCAAGGGUAAGGGGGAGGAGAUGAAGCACCUCGAGGUUUACAAAAUCGUGAAGAUGAUCGCGGACAAGAACUACGACCCGUGCAUCGUGUUCACGUUCGACAAGAAGAUGAUCGAGGAGCAGGCGAAGGCGUUGGACCGAUUGGACCUCAACAGCGACACGGAGAAGAGCAUGAUCGACGCCAUAUUCGAGGCGUCCAUCGCGCAGCUCUCGCCGGAGGACCAGAACUUGCCGCAGGUGGUGAAGAUACUCCCCAUGGUCAAGAGAGGAAUCGGGUUUCACCACUCCGGUCUGCUGCCGGUGCUCAAGGAGGUGAUCGAGAUUCUGUUCCAGGAGGGGCUCAUCAAGGUGCUCAUUGCCACGGAGACGAUGUCCACGGGGCUCAACAUGCCGUGCAGGUCUGUGGUCUUCACGGCGCCGCGGAAGUACGAUGGAGCAGAGUUUGGAUACCGAUGGAUAUCUUCCGGGGAGUACGUUCAGAUGUCCGGACGCGCGGGACGACGCGGCCUGGACGACCGCGGCCUCGUCGUGCUGAUGAUGGACGAACGCAUGGACCCGCAGAUCGCCAAGGGCAUGCUCCACGGCAGGUCCGACCCUCUCAACUCGGCGUUUAGGCUGCACUAUCCGAUGCUGCUGAACCUGAUGCGAAUGGAGGGGGGCGAGGAAUGCGAACGGCUCAUCAAGCGGUCGUUCAAGCAAUUCCAGACCGAUCGGGACAUUCCCAAGCUCGAGUUGAAGUGCGCCCAGCUGGCGGCGGCGCGGGAUGCGGUCGUCGUGCCCGACGAGGCGAAGGUUGAGGAAUACGUUAACCUGCGCGACACGCUCUCCGUGCUGCGCGGCGAACGAAGGGGUUGGCUGAAUCACCCCGAUAACGCCCUCCAGUUCCUUCAGGUUGGCCGGUGCGUCAAGCACGAGAGGGACGGCGCCGAGUACCUGGUCGACGUCGUGCUCAACAUCGAGGAGCAGCCGCACGACGCGAGGCGGCCCCGCAAGGGAAACCUCGGGCGCUUCCGCGUGCGUCCGAUGAACUGGGACGGUAAGGCGCCGUUGGAGGGGGAAGAGGACGAGUGGACGGGCGCGUCGAGGGAUCUGGAGCCGAGGGUGGUGCAGGUGCCGCUGUCCCAGGUGGAUUCGCUGUCCUCCGUGCGCAUAUACACGCCCAAGGAGCUGGUGAGCAUCGAGAGCAGGAUGCGGGUGCAGCGGGCGAUGAACGAGGUGGUCAAGCGGUUCCCCGACGGGGUUCCGAUGCUCGAUCCCGAGUCGGACAUGAAGAUUGACCAGGACAACUUUCGGAAACUCAAGCGAAGGAUCGAGGCUCUCGAGGCGAUGACGACGCGACACCCUCUGCACGGCUCGCCGGACCUCGAGGACAAGGUCAAGCUCUUCGCGAGACGCCGCGAGCUGGGCUUGCGUCAUAAGGUGGCGAAGCGAGCCUUAAAGGCGGCGCAGGGCAUGAUUCACAAGGACGACCUGAGGUACAUGCAGCGGGUGCUCAGGCGCCUAAAUCACACAAACGAGGACGGCGUCGUCGCCAUGAAGGGUCAGGUGGCGUGCGAGAUCACCAGCGCGGACGCCUUGGUGACCACCGAGCUGGUGUUCGACGGGUUGUUCAAGGAGUUGUCGUUGGAGAUGUGCGUCGCCGUCGUCGCGGCCCUCACCGAACGCGUGGGCACCGCCGGAAAGGACCCGAAGGAUAUAAAAAUGUCCGAAGAGUGCAAAGACGCGUACGAGCGCGUGCGCAUCGCCGCGCAAUCCGUGGGGAAGCAGAUGUCGGAGUGCAAGGUUCUCGACACGUCCGUGAACGACUUUAUGAACUCGUUCAGGCCCGAGAUGAUGGAGCUGUGCAGGGAGUGGGCCAAGGGGACCAAGUUCGAGACGUGCAUGAAGGUUGCGCCGCGGGGCAUGUACGAGGGUUCGGUGGUGCGAUCGAUCCGGAGGAUCAACGAGGUGCUGUGGCAGCUCAAGGGCGCGAUGGCGAUCAUCGGCGACACGGGUUUGCGGGACAAGUUCGAGGAGUGCCAGAAUCUGGUCAAGCGCGACAUAGUAUUCGCCGACAGCCUCUUCCUCUAG